AUGCGGAAAUUAGGGUUUAGGGCUUAUUACAUCCGUCAUGCCCACCCGCUAAGCGAAACACCCUUCAAAUCUUGGACCUUCUCGACGACGAAGCAGAGGACUGCGAGACAACAGCAGGUAAAUCCGCAACCAGUAAGUCAAAUCAUCCUCGAAACCGAGACUUUGCGUUUCGCAACAUGUUUACUGACAUUUUCGUACCCUUUUUACAGUGCAGAUGUAGGUCAACCUCCAAAUCAACCCUCGCCACCCCAUCUCGAAUGUCCGAACGUCCGAACGUCGACCUUCGUCAAGACCCUCACCGGCAAGACUAUCACCCUUGAGGUGGAGUCGAGCGAUACGAUCGACAAUGUCAAGAGCAAGAUCCAGGACAAGGAGGGCAUUCCUCCAGACCAGCAGCGAUUGAUUUUCGCCGGAAAGCAGCUAGAGGACGGCCGUACCCUCAGCGACUAUAACAUCCAGAAGGAAUCCACCCUUCACCUCGUCCUCCGUCUCCGUGGCGGUAUCAUCGAGCCUUCCCUCAAGGCUUUGGCCAGCAAGUACAACUGCGAGAAGAUGAUCUGCCGAAAGUGCUAUGCCCGUCUUCCCCCGCGUGCCACCAACUGCAGAAAGAAGAAGUGCGGACACACCAACCAACUCCGACCAAAGAAGAAGUUGAAGUAA